AUGCAUAAUAUCAGAAAAGAUGGCCACUGCGAGUAUUUCAAGAUGCAGGAUUCACUAUUUAAACAUACACGUUUAGGGACUCACAUUCUUGGUCCUUGUAAUGGUUUGUUUCUGAUGAGAAGCUAUGAUGCAAAUUGUUUUCCGAUUUUCUGGCUCUGGAACCCAUAUAAUAAAGAGUCCAAGGAAAUAGUAAUUCCAAAAGUUAGAGAUACCGAUGUAUAUGGGCUUUGUUAUAAGUGUGAUACCGAUGAUUACGUGAUUGUGGUAGCUACCUUUUACAGUAGCCUAAUUGGUUAUAAAGUUCAGGUUUAUACAUUAAGAUCAAAUUCAUGGAGAACCUUACCCAACAUCCUCCCCUAUAAUAUUUCAAGUGUAUAUGGGGUUGAAGCAAUAUUUGUACAUGGAGCUAUUCACUGGAUAGCAUCGCAGAUAGUAUCGCCGUUUCCAUCAAGGAAAACAUGCAUUGUUUCUUAUGAUAUCCGUGGUGAGAACUUCAAUGAAGUAGCAUUAACCCCACGAGUUGAUGAAUUGUUGAAUGGUUUGAAUUGUAAUGAACAGAACUCGCUGAGUGUUUUUGGAGGGUGCCUUUGCAUAUUACGACCAUAUGGUGGUUAUAAUAUUGAAGUUUGGGUGAAGAAGAGUUACAAUGUGAGAGAAUCAUGGACUAUAUUGUUCAUUGCCCAGCUGCCAGUAGUUACAAACCCCAUCCACCGUGUGAAAAUAUUAUGGGAAUUCAAGAAUGGUGAAGUUUUGCUUGUAGCAUCCAAAGGAUCACCUCCCUGGAACUGUUGUUUCGUUUUAUACGACUGGGUGAGCCAAAAGUGUAAAGUUACCGAGAUUGACCACAUUAUAGCAUUCAGAUGA